AGCGCAAAUCAUCAUUUCAAUGAUUCUGUGAUUCGCUCAAUCGAUUCAACACUUACGACGUGUCGAAUUUGAGUUUCGCCGCAUGAUUCCAUGUGAGUAUGUUUUCAACACCGUAGCUAAGUUCACUCUGAUCUGAAUGAUGCAAUUGAUUUUCCGCUAUCGACCCUUCAUGAUUUACCAAUCUCCUCUCAAGAAAUUUUGGUAAAAUUUCGAUCUUUUUUUAUCAUUGCUAUCAACCCUUUUUGCGGCAUGUUGAAGCGUGGAUACAAACCAAAGCCAUGGAGUGGUGGCGCUCAGAAUUGCCGUGUCUCUGUGUUUCUCAUGUUUGUUGCAUUGAUGCUAAUGUUAGUGGUUUUCUGUUUAGUAUUUUAUAAUGAUAGUAAUGGUGAGAAUCACAGUUUAGCUUAUGAAGUUCCUAAACAAAAGUGGAAUAGCUUUGAUCCGGUGGUGCAAUUGCAUCCAACUAGAGAGUUCCGAAAUGGAACUGAUUUGAUAUGGCAAGUGCCUGAAUCACCUAAAGGUGUUCUCUUUCUGGCUCAUGGAUGCAACGGUAGGGCCAUCAACUUUUGGGACAAGUCCCUUGAAUGCCCUAAUUGCAUUGGUUUGCCUGAAGAACGCUUGCUUGUGCUCCAUGCCCUUGCCCAAGGUUUUGGUGUUAUUACUAUUUCUAGUGCUCAGAGAUGUUGGACAUUUGGUACAGAAGUGAUAGCUGUUAAAGACAUUCUAGAGUGGUGGAUUGGUAGAAGGAAACUUGGAAAGCUUCCCCUUGUGGCUUUGGGUGCUUCUUCUGGAGGGUAUUUUGUGUCUGUGCUUGCUACUACUAUCAAGUUUAGUAGCACUGUGCUCAUGAUUGCUGAGGGGAUGUUUGGGGACAUGGAUAUUAAAGGGGACUACCCGCCUACCCUUUUUGUUCACAUGCCCAAAGAUCUUUACAGGCAGCAGAAAAUCGAUGAGUAUGUGGAGAUUUUGAAAGAUAAGGGGAUUGAUGUUGCUGUUGUUGAAUGUAUGGAGUUCCCUUUGUCAGCAAAUACUUUAGCUGAUAGAGUUCCAGGUCUAGAUCAGGUUCUUUCUAGAAAGUUGUUUGAGUUCUUUCGGGAAAAGGGCUUCGUUGAUCAAAAUGGUUAUAUGAAGAAAGAUGGGCGAAAAAUCAAAUGGAAAAAGGCUCUUGAGGAGAAGAAAACUCUUGUGCUGGAUAAGCGUCUGGUUCCUCAUAUCCAAGAGGAGCUAAACCUUGCAUUUGCUUAUCAUGAGAUGACUAGCGUGCAUUCUGACCAAAUUUUUAAAUGGUUUGAAUCUCACAUGAGUUGAUCACACCUUACGUGCAUUGAAACCACUUGUACAUUACCAACCCAUCCAUCUCAAUUUUCCUGAAAUUCGAUUAGAGAUCCAUUGAAUCUCAUGUACAAACUAUAUUGUUAAUCAGAGACCAAGUCUCAAGGGCUGGAAUUUCUUAAUUGGGUGUUACUGUCAAAGUUAUCUAUUUAAAAGGUAUGCAUCUGAACCUUUGCACCAAUACCAUAUGUGCUUUGGCAAGCAGUAUCAUGUUAUCCUAGGUUUGUUAAAAUUAUAAUCUUUCUACCAUAUUUUUUCUUUCUUGAGAUUUGAAGCACAAUCCUCGUUUAAUCUGAAAUUUGAAUACCCUGGUGGACUUGUGUUUUU